AUGGCAACACUCAAAGAUGCUUUCCUUACUUCAUCUAUUCAACAAUAUUUCCAGCCUAUGCACCCAGAAUGGAACGAAAAUGAGGAAGAGGAUGAGGAAGAAUACAAAAAUUUUAUUGACAACACUGAAACUAUCGGAAAAGAUAUUACAAAUGAUGAUAUGGGUGAAGAGGAUGAGGAAUACAGAUACACAACAGAAAAUAACACUCCAAAUUUUGUAAAUAAUGAGUACUUUAAUAAUAUUAUUAAUAAUGACAACGAGAACUCAUUAGAAGAAUUACAAGAACCAGAGGAUUAUGAGACGUACUAUUAUAAUAAUGACUCUAAUGAUUCAGAUGGCGAAGAAAAUACCUCUUUCAAUCAUUUGGAGCUAGAAGGUGAACAUUCAGAUUCUGAGGAAGAGGAAACCAAACCUAAGGAACAAAGAUCUUUCCACAUGUAUAUUCCAAAAACCUUAACACCAAAAUCUAAACAAUCCUAUCAGUCUGGAAACGAGUCUUCUCAGUCAAUAAUCACUACUUAUCAACCUAACACAUCAAGUCUCAACAGUGCUAAAAUUACUAACGUUGAAGAAAUUCCAAUUCCCCACAGAUCAGAAAGUAAGCAAUCUUCUCCCAAAUCUACUACCACUUCCCCCAAUAGUUAUGAAAAUGAAUAUAAGGAUGAUGAGGAAUCUUCCAUAAAAUUCAAAAUGUUGAAAAGGAAUUCCAGAUGGGGAAAUUUGCUGAACAAAAUCUCAAAACCAGGAACAUAUGUACCUCCUACAAACAAACAUUCAAAGGAAGCAAUCCUAAAAUCCAAAUCUCAGGAUACAGCUCAAAAAACAGAACAAAAACAAGAUGUUCCUCUCAAAACAAGUCUUUCCAAUCAAAGAAAGAACGAACCUCUUAAAAAACAACCAGACACGAAAAAGAUAGAGAAACCAACAAAGACUGAAUCUCCACAAGUUGUCAAAACACUUCAAUCUUUACCAAAGGAGCAACAAGUGAUUAAUAAUCAAGAAUCUAAACAAGAAAAAACUUUGAAAGCCUACUUCUCCGAACCAUCUAUUCCUAAUGAUCUGUUCCUAGAAGAAGAUUCAAUCAACCAAGAGGACGAAGAAGGAUGGGGAACUUUUAUUAAUCGUAAUAAUGUAUAUAAUCCUUAUAAUUAUGAGCAAAAACCAAUUACAAGUCAAAAAACAAACCAACAACCACCAAAUGAUGAAGACCCCCAUAAAGCCAAAAUAUCAAAUAGUAGAUCAAUAAUAUCUAACUUCUUUCUUCCAAAAUCUCAAGAGGAAGAAAAGAAAAGACAAAUUAAGGAAAAGAUUGAAAAAAAGAAAGAGGAUAAAAAACUGAAAGAGCAAGAAGAAUUAAAACUUCAAGAAUUGGAAGAGCAACUAAUAUUUUAUAAGAAUGAAAAUGAAAAAACUAGGAGACUGAAAGAUGAGCUUCAAGCAGAAAGGCAAAACAUUGAAUGUGAAAAAUCAGAGUUUAAACGAUUUACAGAAGAGGAACGAGAAAAGUUUGAAAAAUAUAAACAGGAAGAAACACAAAAGUUAAAACGAGAAAGAAGAAUUCUAGAAAGAAAUAUCAAAGAUCAGCAACAAUCACUGAGUAGGAAAGAACAUGAGAAAGAAGUCAACGAUCUUAAGGAAAAAAUAGAAAAGUUGACUACUGAAUUUAAGAAUGAAAGGUCCAAACUUAAAUCAAAUAUCCAAGCUCUCAAAUCAAGAAAUGAACAAUUACAAGAAAAGAUAAUAGAGCUUGAGGAGAAUCUUAAAAAGAGGGAAUUAGAAAGAAUCGAUAACAAUUUUAGGAAAAAGCAAUCAAAAGAUAAUAUUUCUCAACCAUCUAUUAACUCAAGUCCUAGCAUUACCACCAAUACAAAGGUCAAUUCCCAACAAAAUCCUAAAACACCAAUCACACCAAAUAAGGAUGUGAAUAUCAAGCCUCUUCCAGAAACCAUGUCAACAAAAGUAAUGGAAAAGAUACCCUUAGUUAAAUCUCUUUAUCCUAAUAAUCACAAACUUGGGCUAUUAAAAAAAACCUUCCAGGUGAGCGAUAGUCAUUUCAAUGUAACAUGGGAAAAUGAAAAUUUUGGAGAAGUAGUAACCAGUAGAAGAGAAGUUGGGAAAGGAAAAAUUGAAAUUCUUUUCAAUACAGGAAGAAGAGAUGUGGAGUUUUCAAAUGGAAGUGUUAAGAAAAUAUUACCUGAUAGAUCUAGUCUAAUCUAUUUCAAUAAUGGUGAUAUCAAAAAGACCUUUGAGGAUGGAUUGGUUAUUUACUUUUUCAAUAACUUAAAAACAACCCAAAUUACAUAUCCAACAGGUGCUGAAAUGUACAAAUUCUCUAAUAACCAAAUUGAAACUCAUUUUCCUGGAGGAGAGAAGGAGGUUGUUUUUCCAGAUAAAACAAUUAAGUUUGUUGAUAACAAUGGAAGUGAGGAAAUUUGGUUCUCUGAUGGCACUUAUUCUAGAAAUGAUCCCAAUAAUUAA